GCCCUCGCCCUCCCCCAAUUCCCCCAACCACCCUCCGUGCGCGUGUGAGUGGGGUGAAUAACAUAAAACAGACGGCAGAGCGCAUAACAGCGAACGGCAAAAGCAUAAAAUAAACAAUUCCAUUUCGGGCUGGUCAGCUGGGAGGAAGUUCUGUUCUGGCCCCCGCGCUGCUGGUGGUGGCGAGUGGUGCGGCGGUGGUGGUGGCUGACUGUGGAGUGGGUGUGGGAUGUGCGUGCCCAGACAAAGCCGCAGCGCUUAGAGUCUAUUAUCUAUCCGGCAAGUGCUGACGCGUUGCGACCGCCCGAGGCCGAUCGCCGAAUCUGUGAACUCCAACGGAUCUCUAGCAUCGAAAUGUGCUACGUUAUCAUCACCAGCGCCAGUCUGGCGUGGUUCCUUUGCUCCUUGGUGGCGAAUAUGCUUUUCGCAGUGGCCCUGGUCACGCCCAAGUGGCUGGUGGGCCCCACCCAAAGCCUCAAUUCCAGCACCAGCCCGCAUCGCCAAUCCUCGGUGGGCAUUUACACGCGCUGCAAGGUGAUGCAAGACGGAGGGUUCCACUGCGGCCGCUUCGACCUGGACGGACUGGCCACGGAUAGCAGCGUUUAUCCCCCGGAAUGGAAGGCGGCCAUGUUCUUCGUCUCUCUGGGAUUCAGCCUGAUGUCGGUAACUGUGCUGCUAACCCUGCUCACCUGCUGCCGCCAGUCGGCCUUUGGCAAGAGCAUCCACAACAUGACGGCCUGCGCCCAGGUGGUGGCAGGAAUAAGUGUGAUGCUAGCUCUGUUCCUGCAUCCGAUGGGCUGGGGCGCUGGCCGAGUUCAACGUCUGUGCGGUCCUGAUGCGGAACCCUUCUACCCCGCCGACUGCAGCAUAGGAAUCUCUUUUUUCUGCGGAAGCAUAGGAGUAAUCCUGACCUUCUUCGCCGCAGGCAUUAGCCUCAAGGCGGAAACUUCCAAUAUGCGCUCCCACGUCCGCCGACGCGUGGAGACGGGCAGCAAACUGGUCUGCAUUCCAUAGCUGCCUCCGGACUCAAUAAACACAAUCUCCGACUUAGAGCGAGCAUACUUAACUUCAUUCUUGAAUUAACUUUAACAUUAGCAUAAAUAAACGUCUAACUUUUCUACACUAUGGAU